UAUCUGACGUCAGUCACAUUUCACUCAGCCACCAGCCGUCCGUUAUUCUUCUCCUUGGUGGUCAUCAUGACAUCAUUAAAUACCGGAGAGGAAUACCGGGAGACCUCAGAGGUUUUGAUUUAGCGAUGAGGAUUUCCUCUCGGAUGCGGCAAACCGGCAUCAUUGUUCUGCAGACAUUGUAACCGAGAGCUUGGGGUGAUUCUGGAAGGACUCUAUCUGUAAAUUUAAGCCAUGGGGAAGGAUUACUAUAAGAUCCUUGGCAUUCCUUCAGGCUCAAAUGAGGAUGAAAUCAAAAAGGCCUACAGGAAGAUGGCCCUAAAAUUCCAUCCGGACAAAAACAAGGAUCCCAAUGCUGAAGAGAAGUUUAAGGAAAUAGCAGAAGCUUACGAGGUCCUGAGUGAUCCCAAAAAGAGAGUUAUCUAUGACCAGUAUGGAGAGGAUGGUUUGAAAACAGGUGGCACAGGCUCGUCUAGUGGACAAGGGACUACAUAUCACUAUACCUUUCAUGGGGAUCCACAUGCCACAUUUGCUUCUUUCUUUGGAGGUUCCAACCCUUUUGAUAUAUUCUUUGGCUCUAGUCGGCAACGGGGAAACACUAAUGGCUUUCCGGACCAUGGGGACCAUGACAUGGACAUUGACAUGGAUGGAGAUGAUGAUCCUUUCAGUUCGUUCAACCACUUUGGUUUCAACGGUGUCAAUGGUUUUCAUCAUGGUGGAGGUCGAAGGCAUCGUAACGAGCCUCUUCAUGGUGGCCGGAAGAAAUUACAGGACCCUCCAGUGGUGCAUGAGCUCAAAGUGUCUCUAGAGGAGAUAUUCCAUGGAUGUACCAAGCGGAUGCGAAUCACUCGCAGACGCCUGAACCCAGACAGAAGGACAAUGAGGACAGAGGACAAGAUCCUUAACAUUGUCAUCAAGAGAGGUUGGAAGGAAGGGACCAAGAUCACUUUCCCUAAAGAGGGUGAUGAGACACCUGAGAACAUUCCUGCUGAUAUUGCAUUUGUGCUCAAGGACAAAGGGCACCCACUCUUCAGAAGGGAUGGCUCCAACAUCAUUUACACAACCAAGAUCGGUCUUAAGGAGGCGUUGUGUGGCUGCACAGUGAACAUUCCCACCAUUGACAACCGAGCCAUCACAUUGCCCUGCAAUGACAUCAUCAAACCAGGCACAAUCAAGAGACUGCGUGGAGAAGGCCUGCCUUUCCCAAAAAACCCAUCCCAGCGCGGGGAUUUGAUAGUGGAGUUCCAGGUGCGCUUCCCAGACAGAAUCCCACCCCAGUCCAGAGAGAUCAUCAAACAGCACCUUCCACAGUCUUAGAGGGAGCUCAGUGGAUCACUGGAUGCUUACAAUUCUCACACAUACAUAUUUCUCCCAAAAGUACAGACGCUGAAUUCAAAGAGGGACAAAUAUGGACUAGAUCAGAGGUGUCCAAACUCAGUCCUGGAGGGCCGGUGUCCUGCAAAGUUUAGUUCCAACCCCAGUCAGACACAACUAAGCUAGCUAAUCAAGCUCUUACUAAGCUUUCUAGAAACAUCCUUGCAGCUGUGUUGAGGCAAGUUGGAGCUAAAAUCUGCAAAACACCGGCCCUCCAGGACCGAGUUUGGACACCACUGGACUAGAUGGUCAUUUGAUAUUUUGUUACACGUUCACUUUUGAGUUAUUUUUAAUAUCUCAGAACACAUGAAUUGCUGUUUUCUUUUAAGACAUUGAAAAAGUUUGUUACCCCAAGGUCUAUGGCUUGACCCUGGACCAGACUUUUAGAAAUUUUCCAGGGUCACACUUUACAGUAAGGUUCCAUUAGUUAAUGUUAGUUAAUGUGUAUUUGCUUACAAGAACUAAGAAUAAAUGUUUGUACAUCAUUUAUUAAGUACAGGUCAACAUUUACUAAUUCAUAAUUAAAAUUCAAAGUUGUGCUUGUUACGUUGACUUAUUACACAGCUACUUGCCACAAAACAUGUGGCAUUCUGAACUGUAAUAGUUUAUUAACUUUUUUAAAUGUAAAGCUGACAGAGACAAAACCAGCUUAAUGGAGCUGAUGGAGCAUUCACUAACUUUCUCAUUAUUCAGUUACAAAAUGGUGCCAAACAGUCAAAAACGCAAAAGAUGACAGAAACGAAACCGUUUGAAUGGACUUACAUAUUAUUCAUUCACAAGAUGUGGCCAAACAUUCAAAAUCAGUGGCAUGACAGACAGAAGUUCCCAGUCAAGUCUGUGUCAUUCAGUGGUUGUUAUCUCGUAAUAACAUACCUUCGAAUGUCAUGACUGACCAAUCAGAAUGGAGUAUUCCAAACAGUUGUGUAAUCAGAGUUAAUGCACUGUGAAUUAUCAAAAACUAACAAUGAACAUAUUUUCAUUACCUAACAUUAACAAAGAUGAAUAAAUACUGUAACAAAUACUGUUCAUAUUAGAAAAUACUUUAACAUUAACUAAUGGAACCUUAUGUAAAUUUUUACUAAGAGGUUUUAUUCCUUCUUUCAACACACUGAAGAUAAAAGGUAACAAGAAAGCAAAACGUUUUUAAAUGAAAUGUUUUUUUAAGUGUUUUUUAAAAGGAAGGAAAGUUGAAUUUUUUGCUGGGAUGAUGAAGAUGUGGAUGAUUUGGACUUGUUCUGGCUUUGAAUCUGUGUUAUUUUGUAAGAGGUUAAAUUUCUCUCCAUUUUGAGAAUCGAUAAGCUAUAAUGUUGAAUGUUGAUGUAUGUAAGACGAAAAGGAUUUUUAGGAUUCCUUAAAACCAGCAAAGCUAUUUGGUAACAAUAGUUGUUAUAUUUCCACUCCCUGACCCCGUCUCAACAAUCUACUGGUGCUUUUUGGUUGUUUUUGGAGUACCGGGUGCUUGUAUUUAUAGUAAACCUUUGAUGGUGGGAUUUAGGUCACAAAAAAUGAGUGCCUUAAUGUGGCCCCAUCAAGCUCUUUUAUCUCAUUAGCAAUUACAUAAGACCAGGGUAUUACUAAAACAGUAAUCUGGAUUUUUUUGUCAUUUAAAUACCCCAAAAUAAUAUAAUAUAUUGCAGUAACCAUCAUUAAAGGGACAUUUCACUCAAAACUAAUCAUCUUCUCUGUGAUCAUAACUUAUGAUGUUAAUUUGGAACGUAUGAUGAGUUAAUGCUAAAAUGUCCAGGUGUUUUUUCAGAUAAUUAUUUUUUAUACAAGUAUCUGAUAAAAAAAUAAAUAAACAAAUUGACCUACAUCAUCUUUGUCAUGUGUACACAAAAUUUCACAGUUGGGUCAGAAAAAUCAUCCUUGCUAGCAGUUUCUUUUUUUAACUAACUGGAAAAGGUUUCAGAGAAUUACAAAAGAACCAUUUUACUAAAUACCUUUUGUGUUCCUUGGAAAAAGUAAAAUCAUUUGUGAUUUAGGCAACAUAAAUUGAAUGGUGGUUACUGCAAUAUAUUACAUUAUUCUUGGGUAUUUAAGUGAAGUUUAUUUAUAAACAAAUUUUGAGAGAAUCACAUGCUUAUGAUUGACCACAGCUAGUCCCGCAUUAGCUAAUACAUGAUUCACCAAUCAAUCGAUUCAUAACUCACUAUAAAUAACCAGUUUCUUACCUCAAUUAUCUUCGUCUUGAAGAAUCCCCCCUUCCACCCCAACUCCUCUCUUUCCUUGAUAGGACAGCAUGGCAGCCCAGUGGUUAGCACUGUUGCCUCACAGCAAGAAUGUCACUGGUUCAAGUCCUUACAUGGCCAGUCGACGUUUCUGUGUGGAGUUUAUAUGUUCUCCCCGUGCUCGCAUGGGUUUCUCCCGGGUUCCCAAGUUUCCUCCCACCGUGCAAAGACAUGCGACAUAGGUGAAUUGACCUCUGCAUAACAAACCCUAAUUUACCAUUGGCCAUAAAUAAGCAGGAGAGUUCUCAAGACCUAUAUGACCUCAAAUUUAAAUAAUUCUUGACAAAAUGGACAUAUACAGAUAAGAGCAGUGCAUUGUGACCAUGCCCAAAAGACAGUGAAACAUGCAGAUUUAUGUUUUUGUGUGUUUUAAACAUUGAGAUUGUAACUAGCUGACAGUUGACAGGGAAAUUUACCAUUAGCCAUAAAUACGUUAGAGAGUUCUCAAGACCUAUAUGACCUCAACGUCCCCUCUCUACUGCAAAUGGGAGGGAGCCCCGGGCUCGAGGAUCUUAUGAGCUGAGGGCCCUCUCCCGGGACAGCAUGCCAAACACGCUUUAUAAUCAAUCAUCAGCUAAGUGUGAACUCUUGAAAGGACAAAAAAAAAAUCCAGAUUUGUCUUUGUUUAAUAUACACACCACCAGCCCAUGCUUUAAAAGAGAACAUCCUCCAAAAUGGAGCAUGACCAUCUCAGAUUAUUAAACGCCAUUUUUCUUCAUAUAAGCAAAAGAAAGAGAAUGAAAGCGUAUGUUUCUUAAUGUUUAUUGAAGUGUUGAAGGAUUGAAACUAAGAACUGAUUUAUUUAUUUACUUUUUAAAUACAGAUCUUCAUUGUUCAGUAAGCAUAUCUACAGUUCUCAAACUUUUUUAUGAGGAAAAUUAUUUGUUUAUCAAACAGCUUUUUACUACAACAACAGGUUCACAAUACUGUAUUUUACACUUAAAUGUGUGCAACGUUGAAUAAUUUGCAAUAGUUCUUUGUAUUUUAGUUUAGAUUUCUACAAAGCUCCUCCCUUUCAAUAUAAAGUACUGUCUUUCUACAGUAACGGCAGCCUUUGAGUAACAGUAUUUUCUAUAUAAAACAAUAAUAUAUGAUAACAUAAACACUUUUCCAGGGUUCCAUCCAGUAUAUCUCUCAGACAUAACUAUGGCGUUUAUUUAAUCAUUACUGUAUUUGGUGAUGAACUGAAAGUAUGGAGCAACACAACCUUUUUAAUGACUGGUGUCGAAUUGUUUUAUGAUGUGCUGAUCUAUGUUAGGAUUGUUAUAGCAUUGUACUCAUGAGACUUCUGAACGGACAGACACUUCUGUUGUGAAUUUGAAUGUCCCAUGUUUAUUACUUCUGUCCUUAUGUACGAGACAGUAUUAAAUCCAGCUCCCUUUGCACAGUGGGAGGAUAAACCGAUGCUGAAAACAAACGUCGUGUUAGUUUCCUGUGACUUAGAUUGGGUCUGGCUUGUAAGGGUGUCUGUUCAACUGUUUAUAUUUUUUUUAUGAAUGAUUGACAGGAACAAGAAAUAAACCAAAAUAAGCAUUCACAAUG